GAAAACCAGCUUCAUGGUUGCCGGAACAGAACUUUAUAGAUUCGCUUUUAAUUGAUACUCCAGAUUACAUAACUACAAUCUACUUUACGGUCUCUUUAGGAUCUCUUUUUUUUUUGGACCUUUUGAUGCGCGGUGAUGGCGGCUUCAGCAGAUGCCAGUACCGAUGACGGCAAUCAUACUGUGGAACUGAUCGUGCUUGACAACUCAGAAUCCGCAGCUAAUGGUGGCUCCGUCGCAUCGUCUUCGGAGGAGAUAACACCUCUCUUGACGCAGAUCGAGAGGCCAAAGAUCAACAUCUUUUCGGUCUCUCGUUCCCGAAGAAAACCUAGGGAGCUAGUUAUAAAAGUACCAGAAACAGAGAUAUCUCCGUUUUCACAGUUUCUGUCAUGGGCAUGGAAUGGAUCCAGAUACUCUGGUCUAGUAUGCAUGGCCUUUUCAUCUAUAAUUUACUUUGUCAUGGAAGUUCUGUCUGAUAAUUUCACUGCUCAGCCAAUUCCUUUAUUUGAGACUGCAUUUGUAAGAUGUACAGUUACCUUGAUAUUAUCAUAUUUAUGGUUGAGAAGAAUUGGGCAGUCAAUAUUUGGAGCAACUUAUCCGAGGAAACUUUUAGUUUUAAGAGCUCUAGUGGGAUAUCUCACAUUGUUGAGUUUUAUCUAUUGCAUUCAAAGAGUACCUUUCUCUCUGAUUAUUUUAUUGAGCUUUACAACUCCAAUAAUGGCUUCAUUCAUGGCUAGAAUUAUUUUGCAUGAGAAGUUGAAAAUUGCAGAAAUUGGAGGUCUUGCUUGCAGUUUCUCCGGCCUGCUUUUUAUUUUUCAGCAGAUGCUUACUACAAAAGGAGGACUACAUAAAACCGUGGAAGCAAGCAAUUCAAGUUUCGGAGGAAGUAAACACAUUUAUGCAAUCUUAAUUGGUUGUAUUUCAUCAGUAACUGGUGGAAUUAGCUAUUGUCUCAUAAAGGCUGCCGCAAAGGCAUCAGAUCAGCCUGUGGUGACAGUUUUGUCAUUUGGAAUACUGGCUAGUCCUGCUGCAGGAAUAUGCACAUUAGCCUUUGAGGAGUUUGUGCUGCCAAGUUUCUAUUCACUGUCUCUGAUGCUUGCACUUGGUAUUCUGUCCUUCUUAGCAGAGGUGUUUUUAGCUCGUGGACUACAGCUUGAGAAAAUUAGUAAAGCUGCAAAUGUCCUCUUUGUCGAGGCUGCCUUUUCACAGUUAUGGGGCAUAGGUACCUCAAGCAUUGCUUCUUCGUUCGGUCGACUUGUUGGGUGCCUCCUUAUCUUAAUCUCUGUUUCUUUUACCAUGUAUUUUGGACCGGAAAAGGAGAUUGAAUGAGAAUUGUCGGUACUGUCCCCUUCUGUUGUUGC